CGUCGUGCUUAAGAAACAGAAGCGCUGGAUUCAAGUGUUUAACUCGGUCCUCUGUGGCUCAGAGACACUCAGUUCCCGCAGACUGCAGGGAUGGGCUGUGGACUGGAUGGCUGACAAUAAGGGACACGGACCAAUCAAAUGAUAAGAUGCUUGCUCGUGACCGCUUCCUCCUCCUGGUGAUGGUGGGCGGAGCCGUGCUGGCCAUUAUCAGUCUGAGCCUCCAGUUCUUGAACCUGAUUCCCACCACUCCGAUGUUGGAAGAACAACCCUUCCAGGCUGUAGAUGGAGGUCCUGGAGUGGCUCUGGGGAAGAGCAGAAAGAGAGUGUUCCCCGUGCCUCACACCCAGGAGCCCGACCCCAUAUCUGAGGCUUACAGCUACUGCAACAGUCCCAGCCACACUGAACAGGCCUGGGAGGGUCACAGUCCUGCUGACUACAAGCUGCUGUCUGUCCAAGUGAUGAUUCGCCAUGGUGACCGCUACCCACUCUACUCCAUCCCCAAGACCAAAAGGCCCGCCAUCGACUGCACCAUGUCCAUCAGCAGGAAGCCGUCCCACCCCUUGAUGAACUCCUUCAUCAGUCACAUGGGCCUGGGAGGGCGUGGCCACUGGGAGUCACCACUGGGCUCUGUUCCUCGUCUGCCCAACCACAGUGCCUGUGAGAUGGGAGAGCUCACGCAGACAGGUGUGGUGCAGCACCUGCGCAAUGGGCAGCUCCUCCAUCAAGCCUACAAGCAUCAUAAUCUCCUCCCCUCCGACUGGACUCCCCGCCAGGUGUGGGUUGAGACCACAGGUAAGAGCCGGACUCUCCAGAGCGGACUGGCCCUCCUCUACGGCUUCCUCCCGGACUUUGAUUGGACGAAACUGACCGUGCGACAUCAGUGGAGCACGUUGUUCUGUGGCUCGGCCUGUGACUGCCCCGCCAGGAACAGAUACCUGGAGGAGGAGCAGCGGAGGCAGUACCGGCUCAGAGUGAGUGACACCGAACUCGAGAGGACUUACGCCGAAAUGGCACGCACUUUGGGUGUGCUCACCCGCCAACUCCGAGCCGCAAACCCUAUAGACUCCCUGCUGUGCCACCUGUGCCAUGGCCUUUCUUUCCCAUGCGUUUCCACGGGAGAUAGCGGCACAAAGGGAUGUCUAACAAUGGCACAGUUUGCUGUGAUUCGUCGACAGCAGCUAGAUGAUGAGGUGGAUCGAAGAAGAGUCGGGCUGUACCAUAAAUACUCCGUCCUGGCCAUGUACCCCUACCUCAACCGAACUGCCACCAAGAUGGAGCGUGUUGCCAGGGACGGUGAGGCCGGCCGACAGCCUCGCGCAGGCGGCGAGGAGGUCUUCACUCUCUCGUCAGCCCACGAUGUUACCAUGGCCCCGUUGCUGAGUGCCCUGGGGCUGGAGGAGGCCCUCUUUCCACGUUUUGCAGCAAGAAUAGUUUUUGAACUGUGGAAGAGUCCACCAGCGACGCAAGGACAGCUGAAGAAGAGAGCUAGCAAAGGUGAGAAGUCAAAGGCGAAAGACAGGGAACUGUUCAUCAGGGUGCUGUACAACGGUGAGGAUGUGACAUUUCACACCACCUUCUGUCGCUCCCAUGACCGCCACGCCAGUCAGCCCCUCUGCCCUCUGAAGAACUUCCUGUCUUUUGUCAGGAGAGACAUGUUCAGCGUUGUCAACGCUACUUCCUACCAGGAGGCCUGCUACAGGCGCCCUGGUUGACAGAUGGAAAGGAUGGUGACUGAGUAGGGAUGCAGAGUUGGCAGAUGGUUGUACUUUCCUGUUUUUUUUUAUUUUUUAUUUUUUCCACUUUUGAAGAUGAUGCACUUUUAUGCUGCACGUUGUGUCUUAAAAAAAAUCCACAUUUUUAAAUGUAGUCCUUGACAUUCCUGAGCACAAAAUGCGUGGCAAACACAGAGUACUGUUCAUAUAUGUUGGUCAGAGGUCUUAAGUUUCUAACCUUUCUUCAAACUUCAAAAUUCUGUUUUGAUAUUUUCUGUUUCCUAUAGCGUAUCUGUAGGUGUUAAGUAAUUCAAGGGAAGUUGUAUGGCACUUAGCCACUUUAUUCAUACGUUCCAUAAUACCAUGGAAUUGUAAAAUUCCAGUAAUCCCAAAUGCUUGCAAGCAAAGGGACUAUUGAAGCUGGAAAUACUAUGCUGGAUUAAUCAUUCUUGAAAAACAUUUUGUCUAUAAUAAGUCUUUUCAAUGAACAUGUAACUUUGGGCUGGUUUUGCCCAUAUUACUCAGUUGGCAUUUCUUUGAUUUCAAUGUUUAUUCAGUGCAGUAGGCUAUAGGGGUUUUUUCUACUUUGACACUGCUACCUUAUUUUCCUUUGUUUGAGUCAAUUAACUGCGGUACUUUGAAAGUGACAAAUGGUAGGUGUUUUCUUUUUUCUUCUGACAUUAAUUUACAACCACAAUGCAUCUGUAUUUAUAUUAAUUGGGAAUAUAACCAAUCGGACCAAUUGCUUGUAGAAAACUGAAUUUAAUAAAGGUUCAUUAUGAGCAGA